ACCAACAAUCUCAUCUUCGUCUCACUUCACAACAACAGUUCCUCUCUUUCACUCGCUUUCUUCGGACAAAACAAAGAGACAGAGAGCUUCUACUUUCAAUGGCAGCUGCUGUCGUUACUAACGGUACUCAAGGUCCCCCACACGCUCGACAAUCUUUACUUCCAGAUUACCCUCAGCUGAUUUUGGAAGCCAUAGACGCAUUGAACGAGAAAGCAGGGUCGAAUAAGUCAACAAUAGCGAAGCACAUCGAGUCGACUCACAUGGAUCUCCCAGCUGCUCACACCACUCUACUUUCCCACCACCUUAACAAGAUGAAACAAAGCGGUCAAAUCGUGAUGUUAAAGAACAAUUACAUGAGACCCGACCCAAAUGCUCCACCCAAGCGUGGACGUGGGCGUCCACGUAAGCCCAAGGCUCCUAUUCCACCUGGCACCGUCGUCUCUCCGCCUAGACCUCGUGGUCGUCCGCCCAAAGAUCCGCUUGCUCCGCCUAAGCCCAAAGCCACUCCCGGAAGUGGAAGGGCACGCGGGCGCCCCCCUAAGAUGGCUAAAACGACACCGCCCGCCGACCCUUCAACUGCUGGAGUUAAGCGAGGCCGUGGUCGACCGCCGAAAGUGUAACCCAAGGGCGAAGUUGCGGAG